AUGCAUGAAGUUGGAUUUCCGGUGGACAUUUCCGUCUGCACUCGCCUGGUACCGACUCUGUUCUUCCUCCUUGUCGGUGUCUUUUACUUUCUCAGAAACACCUUCGCUAAGUACUUCGACAUCGGAGCCACCGCCGCCGACUCGGAAUGUUUCGACAGGGAAUUCGCGGCGGAGGAUUGCUCUGUCUUCGAGAAAUGCUCCCGCUGCAAAUUUCUCGGAUACUGCUCAGCGGAGUGGAGACGAGACAAGAUUAGCCUUAAGCCAAGAGAAGUUCUUUUCCCAUAUGACGAGUUUGUUGAUUAUUUUAAGUGGGACAAUCAAGAAUUGGCUCCAUGUGGGCUCAUGAAUUGUGGAAACAGCUGUUUUGCGAAUGUGAUUCUGCAAUGCCUUUCCUGGACUCGUCCUCUUGUUGCAUACCUUCUCGUGAACGGCCACAGGAGUGAAUGUAUGCGCUACAACGAUUGGUGCUUCUUCUGUGAAUUUCAAACCCAUGUCGAGAGAGCGAGUCAAAGUCGGUUCCCUUUUUCACCAAUGAACAUCAUUUCACGGUUAACUAAUAUUGGUGGAACUCUUGGUUAUGGGAGACAAGAGGAUGCUCAUGAGUUUAUGAGGUAUGCGAUUGAUACGAUGCAAUCUGUUUGCCUUGACGAAUUCGGUGGAGAAAAAAUGGUGCCUCCUUGCUCUCAAGAAACAACACUGAUUCAGUAUAUAUUUGGAGGUCUCCUCCAAUCACAGGUCCAAUGUACUGUAUGCAGUAACGUUUCUGAUCAAUAUGAGAAUAUGAUGGAUCUAACCGUUGAGAUUCAUGGGGAUGCUGUGUCUUUGGAGGAAUGUCUUGAUCAGUUUACAGCCAGAGAGUGGCUUCAUGGAGAUAACAUGUACAAAUGUGAUAGGUGUAGUGACUAUGUAAAGGCAUGUAAGCGUCUUACGAUUCGGCGCGCUCCAAACGUUCUUACGAUUGCCUUAAAGAGAUUUCAG